UGCCGCCGCCUGUCCUGUCAGAGUGUUUGGGACUGCUGCUGCUGCUGCUGCUGCUGCUCCUAAAUUAUUGCCUUGUCCUUCAUUUUCAUUGCUAUUCUUCCCUUCCCGUUGGUGAUUGAGCUCGAUCUCUUGGUGGGUGAUUCUCGCAGCGCAGCCGGACCGGCCGGGCGAGCUGGCGCGGGUGGUGCCGCCGGCGCCGGCCGGAGAGCCGAGGUGAUUGAUGGUGAUGGCCAGCGCCGGCGUCAACAUGCCUGGCGGCGACGGGAACCCAUCAGCCGCAGCGUCCUCCUCCACCCCGGAAUGCCGGCUCCGCAGGCGCCGCCGCCUCGCGCCCCCGCGCGCCGCGGCCGCCGGGGGGGAGAAGCGCGUCCGCCCGGCCUCCCCGUCUUCGUCGUCGUCGGAGGACGACUCGGUGGAAGGGGAGGAAGGAGAAGCGGACGCCGCGGUGGAAGGGGACGAAGAGGGGGGAACGACGGUCUCGGCGGCCGGCGGGCCUCAGCCGCCUCCGCCCCCCGGCCCGGCGCAGGCGUGGCCGAUGGCGUUCGGGUGGCUGUCGGUGGCGGGGCGGUCGCGGGAGAUGGAGGACGCGGUGUCGCUCCGGCCGGGCUUCUGCACCUGGGUGGACGGCUCGCCCAUGCACUUCUUCGGCGUCUUCGACGGCCACGGCGGAUCCCAUGUAAGUGUCCACGCUGUGCCGGGACCGGAUGCACGAGUUCCUGGCCGAGGAGCUCGCCGCCGAGGGGGCGGCCUUCCAGAUCCAGCAGCCGGCUGCGGCGGCGGCGGGGGAGGAAGCAGCUGCAGCUGCAUCAGGGACGACGAGCUCGGCCGCCGUAGAGCAGGAGGAGGAGGAGGAGCGGGCGUGGCGCGCGGCGCUGGCGCGGACCUUCCGGCGCGUCGACGCCCUGGCGUCCCUGGCGUGCGCGUGCGGCCGCAUCGUGAGCCCGCCCUGCCGGUGCACGCUGUCGGGCAACUCCGGCAUCGUGGGCUCCACCGCCGUGGUGGCCGUCCUGGUCCGCGGCCGCCUCGUCGUCGCCAACUGCGGCGACUCCCGCGCGGUGCUCUGCCGGGGGCCCGCCGGCGCCCCGCCCGUCCCGCUCUCCGUCGACCACAAGCCAGACCGGCCGGACGAGCUGGCGCGGAUCGAGGCGGCUGGCGGCCGGGUGGUGUACAUCAACGGGCAUCGGGUGCGUGGGAUCCUCGCCAUGUCGCGCGCACUAGGUAUGCCGUUGGUGCAGGAGACAGGAUGCUGCGUCCUGAAGUGAUUGCUGAGCCCGAGAUCACCAUAACCGACCGGACGCCGGAGGACCAGUGCCUGAUCCUGGCGAGUGACGGGAUGUGGGAUGUGAUCCCGAACGAGAUCGCCUGCUCCGUGGCGCGGCAGUGCCUGGAAGACGGGAACCCGGCUCCCGUGGACGACGUGCCGCCGACGGCAGGCGGCGAGGGUGCUGCCGCUGCGGCCGUAGCCGAAAGCUCUGAGCCGGAGGCCCGGUGCUCCAGGGCGGCGUCGCUCCUCGUCAGGCUCGCGCUUGGCAGGACCACCUGGGAUAAUGUUAGCGUCGUCGUCAUCGAUCUCAAGCAGAGGGAGUAGCCUCUGAUGAUGGUGCCGAUCUGAUCAUGUCAUUCAGCUGAGCCUGGAUGUCAUCGUAGCAGCGACUCCGGUAGUGAACUGAUCCUGGGUGGAGGUGCAGGGCAGUGGUCUAGACUGAACUUGGGAUGAUUUUCUUGGUUCUUACGAUUCGAAUUGUUGUUUUCUAAGUUACAUUCGGAGAGAAAGAAAGUGCCGUCCACAAAGAAAA